AUGAUUGUACCAAAGUUAAUUGGUUUAAAUGAAUUAAAUUCAAAUGAUGUUCCAGUUGAAGGUCAACAAACUCCUACAAAAGUAUUAUCAUCAAGAGGAAAAUCUUUACCUACAAGUCCAAAACCAAAGGAAUCGCAAAAAGGACCAAUGACACCAAGAACUUUAUUUUCAAAAAGAGAAUCAGAUAAAAAAAAUCCAUCAUCAUAUAUAAUGGAGGAUUCCCAAUAUUUAUAUAUAUUAUGUAGAGGUUGUAAAAUGUGUGAAAAAAGAUUUCAACAUUAUAUGACAAUUAAGAAACAUCUUAAAAAGAAGAAGAAAUUUUUUAGUUUUUAA